UAAAAUAAUAAAUAUUAAAUUGUUUCUUUAUAUUCAAUAAUAAUCAAAAAUAAAAAUAAUAGAGGGAGGACUAAUUUUUAUGUCUCUGACUCUUCCGUAUAAAUAACGCAUACGAGCCACUAAAGAGCUCCACAAAAUAUAAUUGUUACCGAAAAAGAAAAAAAAUGAAUGAAGAGAGAACCAAAAAGCCGAAGAAGAAAAGUCUCAUGAACUUCUACAGAUUCUCCAUCACAACUUCGAAGCAUUCACUCACAAACCCUAAAACCAAACCAAAGAUCCCGAUCACCCCACCGUCGAUAUCUCAUCAAGACGACGUAGAAGCGAAACCAAUGGUUCAGUCCUCGCUUAAAACACAAAACCAAGUGAUGAUGAGAGACAUCUUCGAGUUGGAGACGACGACUUGUAGUAGUAGAAACAACGAAAGAAAGAGAGGCGGUGGCGGUGCGGCGGCGGUGGAAGGGAGGAAGUCGGUGUCUCACGUGGAGAAGGAUACGGCGGCGAGGAUAGCGGCGGCAGCGGAGAUGUUGACGGUGAGGAUACUAGCUGCGGACAUGCCGGGGUUUAUGCAGGCACAUGCGUUUAGGUGUGCGAGGAUGACUUUAGAUAGUUUGGAGAAGUUUAGUUCGAAGCACAUGGCUUUCAAUCUCAAGAAGGAAUUUGACAAAGGGUAUGGACCAGCAUGGCAUUGCAUCGUAGGGUCAAGUUUUGGGUCGUUCGUGACACAUUCAACUGGUUGUUUUAUUUAUUUCUCAAUGGACAAACUUCACAUUCUCCUCUUCAAAACCAAAGUUCGUCCUGCCUCUCCCCAUUGAUUUUGUUUUCUUUAUUUUUAUUAUUACAUAUUGUUUUCCUUUUUCUUUCUCUUCUUUUUUUCUUUAGGUUGUAACUUAUACCAAUCGUAAUCAAAAAGGCUUACUACUGUAAAUUUACUAUUACUACGUUUUUAUUCUUCUUACGAUAUAUAAUUAAUUAUGAGUUUAAAACAAGGAUUCUUGACC